UCAUAGAAUUCUUUGGUAUACAAUAAGAUUAUUAAGAUUUAUUUUCGAAUAUAGAAAUUAUGUUAAAUAUACCUUAAAUCCAAGUAGUUUUGCAGCGCAAAGAAAAAUUUAUUAUCUAUCUCUCAACAAUAGUAACGGUAUUUUAAAUACAGACAAUAAUGGUCUUCAUGUACAUAUUAAGUUGGCUGGCAUUAAUAUUGCAGGUUGUUUUUGUUACAAUAUCAAUAGUGGCUGGAUUGUAUUAUAUAGCUGAACUAGUGGAAGAGUACACAACUGCGGCACGUAAAGUGAUUUUGUUCAUGAUAAGUUUCACGAUGUUUGUGUAUACAAUGUUCAUUUUCUGUGACGAUUUGCCUUGGCGAAUGGUUAUAAUGGGUUUCGUGACGCAAGCUUUUCAUUUGGCGAUUAUGGGCAAUUUUCCAUUCAUUAAAUUUCUAUCAAUACCCUUUAUAGGCUCAGUUGUGUGCUUAAUUCUCAAUCAUUUCCUGGCUUUCCAAUAUUUCACGUCAUUUUACUAUCCUUUUACACAAGUUUUAGCAUAUUUUACUUUAUGUUUGUGGAUGGUACCUUUCGCUUUAUUUGUUUCGUUAAGUGCUAAUGAUAAUGUUUUACCAACCACCAUAAACGAUCGACAUGUAGAUCAGGACGUGGUCUCUAAUUAUUUUUCUAGAAGCAGAAAGCAAGGCUUAUUGUCAUUGUUCAAUUAUCUUAAAGAUUCCGUCAUGCCGGAACGUAGUAAAAAAUCAUUUUAAACUUUUAAGUGUUAA